AUGAAUAAAAGAAGCCCUUCAUCAUUUCCGACUUUCCUCAUUUACAUUUUGCAAAGGCGCAUCUCCGACUCCGACUCCAUUGAAGUGAAGAAGCUCGGCACUCCUCAGGCGCUCAAUCGAUCGCACACUCACAGUCUCCACCCUCGAACGAUCGGCAGUCGCACACAGACGAGACCUAUGGAAAGCUCUCAACUAGAUGCACAAACUGUUGAUGUUGAUGCUCCCCAAACCAUUGAUGUUGAUCUUGAUGUGGAUGAAGGAGAUGAUGAAGUAGUUGCAGAUAAUAAGGGUGGUGGUCAUAGAGUAUCUUGGGUAUGGCAACAUUUUGAUAGAGAUGCUGUAAAGAAGGGUGCUAAGAAAGUGAAAUGCCCAUAUUGUUCAACAAUGAUGUGUGCAAAUUCAAAGAAAAACGGUACGAGUGCAAUCGGAAAUCAUUUAAGACUCUAUUGUCCAACAUCUCCUGUUUAUGACCCUAAAGGAAAAGUUGGUGAUACGAAAAAACAAUCUGUGUUGAGUUUCAAAAAAGUAGGAGACUCGGGGGCUACUUCUUUGGAAGUUCAUUCCUUUAGCCAAGAGAAAUGUAGGAAUUCCUUAGCCCGCAUGUGUAUCAAAGACAAUCAACCUUUUAGCAUAGUUGAAGAUGAAGGAUUUAGGGAAUAUUCACGGGAUUUGCAACCUCUAUUUAAAUUGCCUUCAAGGUGGACUGUUGCAAGGGAUUGUUUGCAGAUAUACAAAGAAGAAAUGUAUAAAUUGAAGGAUGUUUUAAAAAAUCAAACCGUCUCCAUUACAACUGAUACUUGGACAUCCAUCCAGAACAUUAACUAUAGUUGUUUAACGAAUUGGGGAAUUGAGAAGGUGUUUACAGUGACUGUGGAUAAUGCUUCCUCAAAUGAUGGGGCAAUUAGGUUUGCUACAUUCCUAGAGUGUGUUGAGAAAGUGAAGAUUAAUUGUAGUAAGAAACCAUCCCUUGAUGUUGACACAAGAUGGAAUUCUACAUUUUUGAUGUUAGAGACGGCAGAAAAGUAUGAGGCGGCGUUUGAUAGGCUUCUUGCGAUUGAUAGUGGUUUUAAAACUUUUUGUGGAAGUGAGGUUGAUGAUGGUGAAGUGACUACCAGAAAAAGAAGAAGAAAUGAGAAAGUUGUGGGGACUCCCGAUGCCGACGAUUGGGAGGUUGCUAGGUAUUUUAUCGACUAUUUGAGGAUCUUUUACAAUGUCACAAAAAAGAUAUUCGGGUCCAAGUAUGUGACAGCAAAUAUAUUUUUUAAGGAACUUGUGACAAUGCAAGCAAGCAUAACUAGAAUGUGUGCAAGCACAGACGAGAAAAAGAAAAAGAUGGCAAAGUCGAUGAAAGAAAAAUACGACAAAUAUUGGGACAACAUUGAGAACAUGAACUUCAUGCUUCACAUUGUUGUCGUUUUAGAUCCCCGCAACAAGAUGUGUUAUUUGGAGUAUUGCUUGGAGUUGAUUUAUGGUAAGAAUUCUACCAAAACAAAAACAAUUUUGGAGCAUGUCAACAAAACACUAGAGGACUUGUUUCAACACUUCAAGAACAAGACGGAGAGAGAAAGAUGUGAAAAGACAAGGAGUGCAUCGUCUUCUACACCUAGUUAUUUUGAUUUUGAGCAUGGAGUUGAUAUGGAAGACGAUUUUGAAAGGUUUAUGGAACAACGUGGACAUGGGGUUAAUAAAACAGAGCUUGAGAUUUAUUUAUCAGAUGGGAUGGAAAAACGGGCGGAGGAUUUCCAGAUUUUGGGGUGGUGGAAAUCUAAUUCAACAAAGUUUCCUGUACUUUCUGAAGUGGCGAAACUUGUUUUAGGAAUGCCAAUCUCCACAGUUGCAUCAGAGUCGGCAUUCAGUACUGGCGGGAGGGUGAUUGAUGAAAGUAGAAGCUCCCUUACACAUGUGACUGCCGAAGCUCUGAUUUGUGCACAAGAUUGGAUACGGGACACCCCAAUUGAUAUCCAGUUUAAAAAUAUGACGACUUUAUAUAUGGAAGAGACGCGAGAGAAGUUGGUGCCAAUAGAAACCGAGGAAUUGGGGUGUGGUCAAGGGAGUUGCAUGGAUGAGGAUUUUACUUGA